UGGAGAAUAGAGUGGGAAGCACAACUAUUACGUGUCGGACUCGUGAAGGAUCAGAUCUUGUCCAGACUCCAGAGGGAUUAUUGGGAUAUUUAAUUAUCUAAACUGAUAAGUCCAUACAGAUUUCAGUUCUGACAGCAGUAUAAGCAGGUAGAAUGGUGAAGGAGACUGGAUACUAUGACACUCUUGGGGUGAAACCCAGUGCCACCCCAGAUGAGAUCAAGAAAGCUUACAGAAAGCUGGCCUUAAAAUAUCACCCCGACAAGAACCCUAAUGAGGGUGAAAAGUUUAAGUUGAUUUCCCAGGCAUACGAGGUGCUGUCAGACCCCAAAAAAAGAGAUCUCUAUGACAAAUGCGGAGAGCAAGCGAUCAAAGAGGGUGGCAUGAGUGGGGGGAACUUCUCUUCACCCAUGGACAUCUUUGACAUGUUCUUCGGUGGAGGUGGCCGCAUGAACAGAGAAAAGAGAGGUAAAAAUGUAGUCCAUCAACUGUCUGUAUCCCUAGAAGACUUAUAUAAUGGAGCAACUAGGAAACUAGCUUUGCAGAAAAAUGUAAUCUGUGAUAAAUGUGAAGGUCGGGGCGGAAAGAAGGGAGCAGUGGAAAAGUGUUCAACAUGCAAAGGACGGGGAAUCCAGGUUCAUGUGCAGCAGUUUGGGCCUGGUAUGGUUCAGCAGAUUCAGACUAUGUGUUCAGAUUGUCGUGGGGAGGGGGAGCGCAUUAACCAGAAGGACCGCUGCAAACAGUGCUCUGGCAACAAAGUUGUCAGGGAAAAGAAGAUCUUGGAGGUGCACAUUAAGAAAGGUAUGAGAGAUGGGCAGAAAAUAGUUUUCCAUGAUGAAGGGGACCAGGAGCCUGGCCUAGAGCCUGGUGAUGUAGUAAUUGUCCUGGAUCAGAGAGACCACGAUGUCUACCAAAGGCAGGAAGAGAACUUGAUCAUGAAGAUAGAAAUACAGCUGGUGGAAGCUCUGUGUGGCUUCAAGAAGACCAUAGAGACUUUGGAUGGUCGCAUUCUGGCCAUAACAUCCCAUCCUGGUGAAGUGAUAAAGCAUGACCACCUGAAGUGUAUCCAGAAUGAAGGAAUGCCUCUGCUCAGAGACCCCUUUGAGAAGGGCCUAUUAAUUAUUCAGUUUUUGGUGGCAUUCCCUGAUAACCACUGGCUUCCUCUGGACAAACUUCCUCUCCUGGAGUCAUUGCUGCCCCCCAGGGAAGAAGUGAUGAUCACAGAUGACAUAGAUAUGGUAGAACUCACAGAAUUUGACCUACGUGAGCAAAGCCGGCAUUACAGAAGAGAAGCAUAUCAGGAAGACGAGAGGCCCAGGGGUGGGGUUCAGUGCCAGACAUCGUGAGCACCUGGCACUAAAUCAUCAUAAGAACAAAAUACACAAGGCUUAUAUGUCUUUAGUUAACUUAUUUAUGGUCUGUUUGAUAAUUCAAUUCAGAACUCUUACAAUAGAGAGCCUGCGCUGAUUUGCACUGAUGUCCUACAAACAAGUCUAUUGUGGAGAGUGAUUUGAAACCCCUCAGUAGGACUAUAUAUCUUAUUUAAGAGACUUGAAUAUUGGAAAUAUCCUGCUUUGUAUAUAUAUUUUUUUUCUUUAUUUAAUGUUCCCUUUCUUUAAUAAAUAACUUUUUCUUUUUUAAA